ACGGUAAUAAGAACAAGAACAAGGUCGGAUUGCAGACCAGAUAAUAUCCGACAUUUUGACGAGGUUGCGACGCCAAACUGUACGAGCACAAGCAAGAUUUAACCGCUAGAACCAUGAAUCCAGCCUAUCCACACCAGCAGUAUCAGCAGCCGAGUGCACCACCUCCGGCAUAUAACACCCCUACCAAUGCUGGCCAGCCCCCGCCCAUUGGAUUCAACCCCAGUGUGUAUGCAUCUCCGCAACCUGCCUAUGCACAUCCAAAUCCUUAUGCUGCGGCUGCAGGCCCACCGGUGCCUUACCAAGCACCUGCAUACAGCUCUGCCCCUGCCUAUAGCUCCGCCCCCGCCUAUAACUCCGCCCCAGCCUAUAGCUCCGCCCCAGCCUAUAGCUCCGCCCCAGCCUAUGUAAACCAGUCAGCAGUCCCGUACAAUGCAACAGGGGCUUACACCCCCAACCAGCCGACCUACAUCCAUCCCCCAGCAUCCAAUCUGACUGUAGUCCAGCCCACCAGGACAGUCUAUGUAGCCGACCCAGGGCCGAGCGUAGGCACUUCGGUCGGUCUAGGACUCCUUGCUGGUGCUGCGUUCGGCAGUCACCACCAUCACCACGGCUAUGGUCAUCACCACUCCCACGGAUUCGGACACCAUGGCCAUGGGUUUGGUCACCACGGUCACCAUGGAUUUGGUCACCACGGCCACCACUGCUAGGCUGCCCUCAUCAGGCCCCCUAGCUCACUUGUCGACCAAAAAAAAAAAAGAAUUCUCACCAAGAGUUCCACAGAAUAGGUAUGAUCUCAAGUGUUGUAGGCGGUUCGCUCUGCAAAGUUUUUCAGCAGAAAUGCCGAAAUUGUAGUGCCCAGUACAUUACCAACUAUUAAAGACAGAUUUUUUUUUCUAAAAUCAUGUGUUAUAUUUGAUCGUACCAAUCCUAUUAUUCAGAUCAUGGGCCAGUUUUGUGGCUUA